GUCCGCUCGUUCCUCCGCUUGACUUUUCUCCCAACACACGGCACACGGCACACAGUACCGCGAUAUCAAACCGCAAUCAGGUGGUUCCCUCAGGAGAGGGCGAGAGGGAGACCCGGCGUCAGAAGCGGUCUCGGGAACCGUUCAAGCUAGAGACACUCGAGAUGCGAGGUUAAGUGACCGGCGGGCGAUUAACCAAUAAAUCGUCGUGACGGUCAUCGAUCGACGACGAUUGCCUCGGUGCCUCCGUAACGAGGCGUGUACUCCCGACGAAUACCUUCUGCACGGAGGAGGGGGAACGCGGGUGCGACACGAUCGUCGCCCACGUCGGCUCCGAGCUGCGGGGGGUACGGCGCGAGAUUAAACAUGGCCGAUUAUCGUUACUGCCAACUACGCGCGCGCGCGCGCGGGAAACCGGCGUAUUAAAUCGCGACCGGCGUAUUAAAUUGCGACCGGCAUAUUAAAUCGCGACCAAUUGCGAACCGGGACAGUCGCUCGUAUGAUAUUCCGCACUUCCGACUUCCGCACUUGUACUUUUCUGCGUGGCUCGGUUCUCUCGCGGCGAAUGACGCGAAAACCACGAAGGGCACAAUCUCCCCACGGCGGUGAGGGGGGAGGGGGAGGCACGAAAUUAAACAUGGCCGAUUAUCAUUAUUAAUCCUUAACUUAAAAGAUCGCACACGAUGCAUUUACUUGUUUCCUGCUUAAUUCAAUCUUUCCCAACGAAAAGAGUGCGAAAAACGCGGCGGAUCUUUCUCCCCCCCCCCCCCCGCUUUCAGGGAGGCAGGGGAAGAGGACACAACGCGAAAUUAACUUGAUCCGAUAUUUUUCUAUACGAGUCAGUUUUCCCUGGCAAAAGGAGACAACCGCGGAGCUACUUUUCUUACCUCGAGCGGAGCAUCAUUCGUGGCGCGAAAUCGACGUGCGGUAUCGUCCGACGUACGAAGGUUAAUUGCACGGGACAAUUGCGAUCGCGACGAAUUACAGUUGUUGCGGGCUUCACGGCUUCAGUCUCGCACAACGAACGAUCCACGACGACCGCGCGGCACUCGUAACGCAUGUUCGCGGGUACAGUUCCAGUUUCUUCGCCGACGAAAGAUGCGAAAGGUGCGGAGCGAUCGGUUUCGAACUCGUCAAGGCGCGAAAUAGCGCGAAAUCAACAUGGCCGCCACGCAACGGUCCCUUUGUAUGCACAGCUACGCAAUGAUUGAGAUCUGUCUUCUUCCGCUACGGUUAUCUUGUACCUCUCAUUUUGAGUGGACACGUAACCGAGGAAAGAGAGAAGAAUUGCAAGAACACUCUUAGAAUAGUAUAUGUAAUAUAAACGGUAUAUAAAAUAUACAGCUACAAUACAAGGAUGUGGAAAUGCGUCAAAAAAAGUUAGCAACUGGCUCGAUCUUGCGGCGAACUUUAAGGCUCGCUGCGAAAACUCGACUUUACUCGAUCGGUAACGAGGUUGCGGGAUAAAAAAAAUAUAUUUUAACAAAUAUCACUUUUAAAAUUCAAAGUUUUCAAAAUUAAUUAGCAAUACGAUUAAAUAAAUUGCUCGAAUUUGCACGUCACUGAAUUAAUGGCACAAUGUAAACAAUAUGCGGCUCUAAUAAUCUCGUUAAUAGAUGUACGUUUUAAGGAUAUUUCUUCCAUUUCUUAUUAAAACAAUAUAAAAUAAUUGUGUGUAUUUUCACAUAUAUCGAGGAAAAAAAGAAAAGCAACAAAUAAAACGUAGACGAUUCAACAAACAAAGGCGGACCUUCGUACCUGACGUUUUAUCGUCUGCUAUACAAUUACAAUGCACCAUAACCUUUAAAAAAAAAUGGCACAAGCAUUGAACAGGUUACUCAGGAGACGUAUUUAUUUUCUGUAUGAAAGCAAUAAAAGAUUCGCUGGUCAUAGUAAAUGGGCGAAUAUAAAGCAUAUAAAAGAAGAAAAUGAUCACAAACGGAUGAUAUUGUUUCAUCAGUUGAAAAUGCAAAUGAAGAUUGCUAUAGAAGAGGGUGGUAGUACAAAACCUACUCAGAAUUCAAAAUUAUCGCAGAUUAUUGAACAAGCUAGAAAGGCAAAUAUGCCUGUGGCAUCAAUAAACUCUUUUCUUGAAAAAAUGGAGUCACGCAAGAACAAGACUCAGACAGGUAUAUUGGAAGUUCGUGGACCAAAUGGUUAUAUCAUGCUUGUGGGCUAUAUGACAGAUAAUCACAAGUUAUUUAAAAUGGAGCUUAAUUCAAAACUUAAAAAGACCAAAGGAAAAGCUACAGAUACUGCUGCCAUAAAGAUAUUUACUCAUACAAGUAGCAUCAUAGUUGAAAAAAAAGAUAAUUUAGAGCAAGCUAUGGAAGAUGCCAUUAAUAUUGGUGCAGAAGAUGUUGAAGAAUUUAAAGAGAAUGAUACAGAAUAUUUUCAGUUUAAAUGUGAUCCACAGCUUUUAAAUAAAGUAAAACAUCUUUUAGAAGAGCGUCAAUACUGUGUGCUUUCAGCAGAAGAUGAUUAUAUACCACAAACUCUAAUAGAAUUAAAUGAUUUAGAUUUAGAAGCCGUUUCUCAUAUCCGUGAGAAAGUUUUAAGCUUAGAAGAUGUCACUCGUAUAUAUGAUAAUUUAAAAUGAAAUGUAUAUAAUAAAAGAUGUUAUUUGUACAUAUAACAUAAUAAUUAUGA